UCCCCCUUCUCCAACUCCUUCCUUCAGCAAACCCUAGCCUCCACCAAAGAAAGCAAACCCAAGCCUCCACCCAUAGUUGUCGCCGUCUGUCGGAGUAAGAGACUGCCGCCGCCGUCCAUCGCACUCAAGAACUUCCGUCUUCGUGCUCUCGGGCCUCUCGCUGUAUCCUCCACGUCGGGUGCUCGCAUCUCGCCGUUCUUCUCUGUGCUCGGCUGCUCGCGCCUCCCUCUACCAGUGAGUGCUCGAGCUGUGCGUGUUGGUUGCUGCUCGUCGUCCGUGGUUGUCUCUGCUCGAUUCUGCCUCCCAGUCUCACUCAAGUCUCGUCUCAGUCACUGGCAUCUCGUGGUUCGUCUGUCUCGUCGCCGGCAGCAGAAGCAACUCGUGGGGUUGGCUCUUGCUUCAUCGCCUUCCGUGGGGUGGUCGCCGACUCGCCGUCGACCGUUGAGACAUUUAUAGUUUUAUACAGACAAGUGGUUCUGAUUUUUGGAAUCAACUAUGGACAAAUAGCCAACAAUCUUCCCUCUCCAUCAUGCGUUACUGUUCUAAAACGAUUUUUUCAGUUGAACCAUCGGUUGGACUAGUUAGACCAAUAAAUCAGUGAACCAAUUAUUAAAGCGGUUUGAUGAUCGGUCCGAUUUUCAGAACCUUGCGUCUACUCCAGUUUUCACUCUCGAGUCCAGCCCUAGCCUCCAGAACCAGAACGCGCUAGCCUCUCUCUGUCUCUUGCACUCAGUCCAGAGCUCCUGGUCCUCCCUCACUUGCGUCCAGCCACCGCCUGCUACCGCCGCCGUCGAAACUUCCAGCUUCGAAGAGGCACCGCCUGCUCCCUCACUUCCCCUCCAUCGCGCAGCCACCGUGCGAACGUGGAAGCCUCCGUCGCGCAGCCACUGUGCCGUCGGCGCCAUCUCUGUUCCACUGCCCGGUUGAAGGCCGUUCGAGCUGUCUUCUUCAGUAUCGCUGCUGUGCUUGGUCUUCGUCGAGCUUGAUUUGUCGUGGCGUCGUUGCUGCUGUGCUUCUGCUGACAGUCCUCCGCAUACUCCUCCUUUCGUCGGUGGCUGAGUUGCUUUCUGCUGACUCCCUUCCUCCGCCGCAAUCACUGCUUCUUCCCCAUGUUCCAGUAACCAUGAUUGCAGAAGAAAUUUCAAAUUUAAUAUUGGACAAACAAAUCAGACACUAUACUCUUAAUUACCUCGUUAAUGGUGGGCCUAAGAAAAAUGUGAAAAUACACAUUUUUGAUGCCGUCAUCAGCUCUUCAAAUCUUAAAACAACAUGCAAGGCGGUUAGAGUUCCCAACAACGAUGACGAUCUAAUGGGAUGCAUGCAGGAACGUUUUAAAUUGGCAUCCAGAAGUUUGGAGAGAUAUAUUCUCCCUCCCAUUCAGGGCUUAAGAUCAACAGUUUAGAUAUUUCUGUUACCAGAAUUAUGACAACAAUAUUCACAAUUUACAUGACAGAAGGGAUUACGGCGGACUUAAAAAGGCUUCGCGGGGUUUUGUAGUAGGACUGAUGAAACUUCAUGAAUCAAGACAGACCCAUGGUAAUAUAACCGAUUUCAACCUAGUAACAAGGAACGGUGAGGGGUAUUUGGGCGGAAGCAUCAGAUCAACUCUUUCAAAAACCGUUAUCAGAGGUGAACGGGGUUCAGUGGUGGUCCGUAGUCCUUACACGGAAGAUAUACUUAAUCUUGCAGGAGUGCUCGCCAGUUGCUUGGACCAUAACUUUCUUCUUGAACUUAAAUUGUUUACCGAUUAUUUGAACUACCACCAAACAUUGGAUUCUAUAUCACACCACCCAUAUCUAUCAAGUCCAAUUGGUAUCCGCGAGUUUUAUGUUGCGGUGCAACAAGAUUUUGGUUCUUUGGACAAUUCCAAUUUGAGUGUUGAGUUCCAGUUGGCUAAAGCCAGGACCGGUUAUCAUCCAAAACGUCGUUGGCGUCGUGAAGUACGACGGUUGAAGGACCAAAUUCUGAUUGAUGUUCUUGACUUUAAAGGAUCAAAGUAUACGGACUCCGAUGCAGCUAGGGUUAAGUUUUGCAGGAAUGUCUGGGUGCAUGGAGCCAAAGACCCUCAGAGUAGUACCAAGGAACAUUGUGAUCUUAUAAACAAGGUGCUCGAGGGUCUGUGGCCUGGAUUUUCAUGUCUCGUGUAUGAGGUGGCAUGUCAAGGAAAGCUCAGGAGAAUAUUUUAGUCGAUUUAAUUUCAUUGCCUGUUUGGACAGUUUUUUACCUUGUAGAGCAUUUUCAGAAUUUGCCGUAUAACUUGACAAGGUCCUUUAUAAGAACAUUUGAAACACUGGAAA